AUGCGCACAAGCGGUGAAUUCGGCGCACGUGCGUCGCAUUGCUCAGUUAUUGUAAACGAUGCAAAAAUAUGGGUGAUUGGUGGUGCUCAUUUUACCGGUGUUAAUAAUUCAUUGGUUGUUGUCUACGAUAUCGCCGACUCAUCCUGGCGUACGGUGGCCACAAAAAAUGCACCGAAAGCACGCUAUGAUCACACUGUGGUUAGGUACAAGGUAAGUAUUCUUGCUCGCAAAGCUUGGUGUCCAAACAGGCAACGUUAA